AUGUUAGGAGACUUUAAAGUGAUAAAAAGAUGUAGUACGACAAAUGCAAGAGUUUCAAAGUUUGAACUAAACGAUGUAUGUCUCGAGCUGCCUAUAUUCAUGCCUGUAGGGACGUAUGGAGCAAUGAAAGGGAUCUGCGUGCCAAGACUUCAGGAGAGCAUGAUCUUGGCAAACACAUACCACCUUAGGGCACUGGGGAAAAGUAUCAAGAAGUUUAUGAAAUAUGACAGAGGGAUGCUAACGGACUCUGGAGGAUUCCAGAUUGGGAGCUUGCCUGAUGUUGUUGUCACGGAAGAAGGUGUGAGGUUUGGAACCACGCUUUUUACACCAGAAGACAGUAUGGACAUACAGACGAAGUUAGGUGCAGACAUUAUCAUGCAGCUUGACGAUGUUGUGAAUCCAUGCGAGGAAAGAGAGAAAAUAGAGGUUGCAAUGAGAAGAUCCAUUAGAUGGAUGGACAGAUGCAUCAAUGCAAUCAAUGGCUGUGGAACGGAUGGAUGCAACAAAAAGAUUAAGAAAGAGACAGAUGUCCCACAAAUAAAGCUUGACGAGAAGAGCACGCAAAUACUAUUUCCCAUAAUACAAGGCGGUCUUGACGAGGAUUUAAGGGCAGAAAGUAUUGCUGAGAUUCUCAAAAGAUCUCCAAAAGGCCUCGCAAUAGGUGGAUUGAGUGGAGGAGAGGAAAAGUCGGAGUUUGCAAGGACCGUUUACUUUUGUAUCCAAAACCUUCCUGAAGACAUCCCAAGGUAUCUUAUGGGUGUAGGAUACCCGGAAGAUAUUGUGGUGUGUGCAGCACUAGGAAGUGACAUGUCAGAUUGUGUCUAUCCAACAAGGACGGCAAGAUUUGGAAAGGCUCUUUCUGACACGGGGGACGUUUGCUUCACUCCAAAGCUUAAAAAUGAUAAAAGAAAAAUAGACGAGGAUUGCAGCUGCUAUGUAUGCUCUAAAUAUUCGCGAGCAUUUAUAUUUUCUAUCAAGGGAACCACGAACUUCUGCAUGCUUCUCUCGAUUCAUAACCUGCAUUACAUGAGAGGUCUUACAAGAAGAAUCAGAGAGUCUAUAAUGGAAGAUAAAUAUCCUGAAUUUAUUAAAACUUUCAUGAGGAGAAGAUUUAGAGAAAUACCCGAAUGGAUAAGAACAGCUCUUGGGAAAGUUGGAGUGGAGAUAUGA